AUGACGUCAAGGCGAAUACCGCUAUAUUUGACAGUUACUGAUAAAUACAAUAUUCUUAUGAUGAGAGAUAGAGGUGAAAUUCGACAAACCAUAAUGGAAAAGUACGGUGUUGCGCUCUCUACAUUGAACACUAUAUAUGUAAAAAGCGAAGAGAUUACAAAACAAUACGGGCUCAUCAUGGGUCUCACACGGCGACGUUUACAGGAUGUAGAUAAAGUUGUUUACCAAUGGUACUUACGAUGUAAGGAAAGAAAGGUACAAAUGACAGGAGCAGACAUACAGAGAGAAGCUCUAGAAAUUAAUGAAAAAUUAAACGGACAUCCUCGUUUUAAAGCCAGUAUUACUUGGUUGCGGGGCUUUAAAGGACGUUACAAUAUUACUACUGCGGAUAUAAGGCAAAAUAUUCAAGCCGCAAAUGAAUUCACCGCAGCGGAAGCCUUUAAAGCUGAUUUCAACAGAUUCCUGCAAGAAGGUGGGUUCACAUUGAGGAACGUUUACAAUGCCGUUUACACAACGGUAAUGUGGAAAGCAGUACCAGAAAAUUCUUGUAUUUUUAACCGUGCAAAAUCGACAGGAAACCUGGAAAUGUGCGAAGAUUACGUUACUGCACUUUUUUGUGCAAAUGCUACCGGAUGUCACACGAUGCCAGUACUAAUAAUUGGCAACCCGCAAAGUUCAUCCGUUUUGAAUACAGAUAUCUUCCCAACUAUCUACAAUGUAAACACCAAGGUUUGGAUGGACAGUAGCAUUUUCAAACAAUGGUACAAAGAGUAUUUCUUAGAAUCAAUUAAAGAAAGACAACGGGAGAACGGCAGCGAGGACAAAUAUUUGUUGUUAGUAGAUAAUAUUAUGUCGCUUCACGAUAUCAAUGAUAUCAAUAACAUAGAUCCAUUAGUAGAAGUUAAGUCUCCUCCACCGAACGCUGCAGCACUCAGUCAACCAAUGAAUUGUGGUAUAAUCACAUGUUUCAAGCGAAAGUACCGAAUAGAAUUACUGAAAACAAUAAGGCCAUUGUCUAUCUACAAUACGGAGGAAGAAGUGAUAGACCUCUAUAAAGAAUUAAGCGUGUGGGAUUUCUGCCGCUUUGUAAAUGAUGCUUGGACACUAAUCGGCCAUUCAAUACUGGUAAACUCGUGGGACAACCUUUUAAAACCUAUAGACAUGCGGCGUACGCAAUACACGGAAACAUGGGAUGCUGACAUAAGUAACGCAGUUGAACUUCUGCAUACAUUACCUGGAUGUGAACAGUGCCAGAAGGUUCAUGUGUUCCGUUGGUUUAAUAUGGAUAACGGACAUGAUAUAAUCAAGAAGGUAUGUACCAAUGAAGUUCUUCGAGAAUUUAAAAACGAUACUCUGUGUCCAGUGAACAUAAAUAUUAUGGACGAUGAAGCUGGACCUUCUCGUGCGAAGUUCUCAAAAAGGAGCUAA